AUGGGGGGCUUUUGCUCCAAGGGAUCGGCGGUGGACAAGUCACCCAGCGACACUACGCUCGGCCCCGGCAGGGUGGUCGACCACCAUGACCGUCUAGUGGUGAAGGAGGAGGAGAAAGCUGUGGCGGGGGAAGCUGCUGCCAAGAGGAUGCAAGAAGAGCAACAUCAACACCAACAGCAGCAGCAGCCAGCGCAGCCACCUCUGCCUGUAUCGAUGUCGCAAGCUGCAGUGCGUGAAGCUUCCACAGAUACCACUACAGCACCAUGGGAUGGGGUUUCAGAAGUAAGCUCAAUUCUGGGUAGAGCUAGUACUGCUGGCCUUGGAAAAGCAGUGGAAGUGCUUGACACACUUGGCAGUAGCAUGACAAAUUUGAAUAUAAGUAGUUUUGGAUCAGGCACUACAACAAAGGGAAACAAAAUAUCUAUUUUAGCAUUUGAGGUUGCCAAUACUAUAGUCCAAGGUUGCAAUCUAAUGCGCGCCCUUUCAAAAGAUAGCAUAAAGCAUUUAAAAGAAACGGUGCUUCACUCUGAAGGUGUUCAGAAUCUUAUAUCCAAAGAUAUGGAUGAAUUACUCAAGAUUGCUGCUGCUGACAAAAGGGAAGAGUUGAAAGUGUUUUCGACAGAAGUUGUUCGCUUUGGAAAUCGUUGCAAGGAUCCUCAGUGGCACAACUUGGAUCGCUACUUUGAUAAGUUGGCAUCGGAACGGACUCCUCAACAUCAAUUGAAAGAAGAGGCAGAAUCAGUAAUGCAGGAAUUAGUGACUUCUGUUCAGUUUACAGCUGAACUAUACCACGAAAUGCAUGCCCUGGAUAGAUUUCAACAAGAUUAUCAGCGUAAACAGCAUGAAGAGGAUAGUUCAAGUGUUGUGCAAAGAGGUGAUAACAUGCACAUACUAAAGCAGGAAGUGAAAAGCCAACGCAAGCAUGUUAAAAGUUUGAGGAAAAAGUCUCUGUGGUCUAAGAAUUUGGAAGAGGUCAUGGGAAAGCUUGUGGACAUUGUGCACUUCUUACAUUUGGAGAUCCAUAAUGCAUUUGGGCGUUCAGACAGUGAAGAAUCACAGGAACCUACCAAGCGACGUAAUAGAUUGGGUCCAGCAGGCCUUGCACUGCAUUAUGCUAAUAUCAUCAGUCAGAUUGAUACUCUUGUUUCUCGUUCAAGCUCUGUUCCUCCAAAUACAAGGGAUGCGUUAUACCAAAGUUUGCCACCAAUCAUAAAGUCAUCUCUCCGUUCUAAGCUACACUCCUUUGGAGCCAAGGAAGAGCUCACUGUUUCUCAAAUCAAGGCUGAAAUGGAGAAGACCCUGCGGUGGCUUGUCCCUAUUGCAAGUAACACCACCAAGGCUCACCAUGGUUUCGGUUGGGUUGGAGAGUGGGCAAGUACUGGGUCAGAUGUGAACUGCAAGCCAACUGGGCAGAUGGACCUGACCCGCAUUGAGACACUGUACCAUGCUGACAAGGACAAGACUGAAGCAUAUAUACUCGAGCUUGUUAUUUGGCUUCAUCAUCUUAUCAGUCAAUCCAAAACUGCAAAUGGUGAAAGGUCUCCAAUCAAGUCUCCUGUUCGGUCUCCUACACAAAGAGGGGCCUCAAUCACAUUGUCUCCAAACAAAAACAGCAGCAAUUCAUCACCUCUUCUGACGCAAGAAGAUCAAGAUAUGCUAAGGGAUGUCAAGUACAGGAAAUUCAUCCCUGGUAUAAGCAAAAGCCAGGAGUUUGACACUAAGGAAAGGCAUAAUAAGCAAAGCAGGUUAAGCAAAAGUAACAGCCAUUCACCAAGCAGUGGCAACCGUAAAGAGGUGCUAUCAAUCAGGAGGCUGCUUCCUGUGAUCGACUUUGAGAUCGACCGGACAAAAGCCCUUGAUGUGAUCGAUAGAGUUGACGAUCUGAGAGUACAAUGA